AAAAAAAAGUUGAUUUCAGUGCUAGGGAGUUAACGAUAUUAACUUUCGAAUUAAAAAGUAUAUUACACAUAUAUAAGUAUUUUCUUUUAAGUACCCAUGAAUUACGAAACCGACUCUGAGAGUGAUAACUAUGACGAAGUGUAUGAUGAUGUCGCUGAUGAUUGGGAAGAGGAAAUAGAGGAGGAAGAGAAACGCAAGAAGUUAGUAGAGGCUACGAAGACGAUACUAACUGAGAAGAGACAAAUCAUACGCGCCCCAACUGUAGCCAAAUUAGAAGAAGAAAAAGAUCUUCCUAACAACAUUCAACUGGAAAUUGAGCGCAUGCAACGAGAGGCAAUGGAUAUGAGUUCAGCGUCUGAACUUUUGUCUGACAAGACCGUGGAUUAUAUCGCAGAUCACCCCGUGAAAACUAAGCAUGAUGCAGAGGAGCUAGGCGCGCUUAUCGCCAAUCAUAUUCUCACGUUCUCUCAUAACGACAACUUCCCCGAAAUGACUCAGAAUGUGUACAAAGCUCUUGUCAAAGAUUUUAUCGACCUUCAAACAGUCAACGAUAAAAUUGCUCAGAUAAAUCUCACACGCGAAGAACUAAGGCGAGCCCAGAAAGGUGUGAAGAAAGCCGUUACAUGAUUCAUAUCAUCAAGUUAUUCACUGCAAAGAGACGCAGAACUUGGUAAAAUAUAAGCCACAGUGGAUAGUAUCACAAAAUGCAAUAGCCUCAGGUGUGGAAAUACCCUCAAGACCAACAAAAAGAUGGGUAAAUAUGUGUAAGGAAUACAUAAUGUGAUCUUGUAGUAAAAUCUCUUGAUAUUGGAAAUUGUUGCAGCCACUGAAUAUGCAUCUUGCAACUAUAUCAACGAUAAAAUUGUUUUAUUAAAAGAUAUUUUUUCUAGUGAUUAUGAAGUGAAAGCAUUUAACGCUAGAUAAUAAAUAAUUAUGGGGUACGUAUAAUGCAUUGCAAGUAGUAGAGAUAUGGCUUCAA